AUCUGAGCAAAUGAUGAUGCGAAGAUUCGAACAGUGGACAUGCAAUCAUGGCAAGAUAAUAUGCUUACAAAUUUAUCUAUAUUUAGAGGCAAAAUUAUGUGUAUUUACAACUUUCCAAAGAAAAAAAAAGCAGCCGUUCCGCUACCGAAUGUUUUUUCUGUCUGCAAAUCAGCCUUCCAUUGGUUCUCUAUCGGCAAAUCAGCCGACAGGGAUCAGGAACAGUGGCGGGAAGCUUUAAAAGUUGAAAAUAAAGCAUGAAGGUCGAAGGUGGCGCAUACACUGUAAGUGAGGAACCGACUUGGGUGGUGAAUUGGAGGUGUAAGUGUGAUAAUGGAGAGAAAACAGGUAGCAGAAGGAAAAGCAUGGCGCUGCAGGCGUUCCGAUGGGAAAGUAGGGCGAUGCAGUGCUGCUGUCAUUGCAGGGCGUAGUCUUUGCUCGAAGCAUCAUCAAAGGAAGAGAAAAAUGUUAUCUUUGGAUGAUGGGCGCAAAGCUCAGAAGCGUGCCAAGACCGUACCCUCAGAGGCUUCCAAUUUGGCAGAAAGUAGAAAGCGGAAGGUCAAGGAAGAAAAGAGCGAGGCAGAAGAGCGCGAUUCUGUCGCUCCGGAGAGGAAUGGCAUGAAAAGAAUGAGGGUUAUUGAGGAGGAGGAGCGCCAUUCUGUUCCUCUUGCGAAAAAGGGCAUGAAAAGGAUUAGGGUUAUUGAGGAGGAGGAUGAUCCUGAUUAUGAGCCCAGGAGAAGGGGGAGGGGAGGCGUGAGGGUCAGGAGGGAGGAUUCGGAGUCACGCGUCAUGAAGAAAUUUGUGUCCAAUAAUAUGAUGGAUAUUUCUGAUGAGCUCCGUUGUAAAAGAUCAGAUGUGAAACAAUGGAGAUGUGGUGCUCGUGCAAUGCCUGAGCACUCUUAUUGCGAAAAGCAUUAUUUUCAGACAUCCAAACGUCAAGGUGGCAGAACCAAGACAUAUAAAAUGAAGAAAGGCCACAACGGGGUGACGUCUGAUCUUCACAAUCAAAAGGAGUGUGUGAAGAUUUCUGAGAAUCCACCUGAGGCUCAGGUGGAAGAACUGAAAAAGAAGAAGAGGAAUUUCAUGAAAUUCAAGGGAGGAAGUCUGAUGUGCCAUCAAUGCCAACGAAAUGACAAAGGGAGAGUUGUUUGGUGCUCCAAAUGCAAUAAACGUUAUUGUGUAUGCUGUAUAGAAAGAUGGUAUCCUGAGCGAUCAGAGGAGGAGAUUGCUAAGGCUUGUCCAUUUUGCUGUGGAAAUUGUAACUGUAAAGCAUGCCUACGCCGAGGAGGUCCCCUGGAGGUUCAACUGAAUGAAGUGACAGAUGCUGACAAGAUUAAUUAUUUACGUCACUUGAUUUUCACGGUCAUUCCAGUACUGACCAAAAUUAAGGAUGAACAGAAGGUGGAACAGGAGAUGGAGGCUAGAAUUCAGGGCAUAUUGACAGAUAGCCUCGAUAUUCCAUGUGCAGAAAUUCGUUCAGAUGAGCGACUUUAUUGUGACAACUGCAGUACAUCUAUUGUAGAUUUGCAUCGAAGCUGCCCAGAUUGCUGUUACGAUCUUUGUCUCAGUUGUUGUUGUGAGUUACGAGAAGGCUGCCAACCUGGAGGUGAUAAAGCACAGUCAUCCCAACAGCAGUUCUUGAAGAGAGUGAGUACAGAGAAUAUGGAAACAGCAGCAUCAAAAGGAAGAACGGGUUUGACACUGCACUUACAAACCCCAAACAGUCACUCUGUAAAUCUACAACAGACCUUACCUGAUUGGAAAGCAAAUAAGGAUGGUUCUAUUCCAUGCCCUCCCAAAGAGCGUGGUGGUUGUGGAAGUAAUGUGUUGAACCUAAAAAGAAUCUUUUGCUCAAAUUGGGUUCCAGAUCUCUUGAGAAACGCACAAGAAACUCAAAUUUGUGGGCUUCCAGAGUCAAUGAAAAAAUCUCAUCCAUGUUCUUUGUGCUCCAAGCCUGAUUCUCAGCACAUUAGUGAGUUCUCUUGCAAGUUACGGCGUGCCUCUUGCACAGGGGAUGCCAGCAAUGACUUCCUGUAUUGCCCUACUGCUCAGGACAUAAAGAAAGAGAGUCUUCAACAUUUUCAGCAACACUGGGCAAAGGGUGAACCUGUGAUCGUUCGGAAUGUUUUAGAAAAUACAUCAGGUCUAAGUUGGGAGCCAAUGGUUAUGUGGAGGGCUUUCAGGGAGACUCCCCAAGGCAAGUUUGAGAACGAGGCUAAAACAGUCAAAGCCAUUGAUUGCCUAGAUUGGUGCGAGGUUGAGAUAAACAUUCACCAAUUUUUCAAGGGCUAUUUAGAGGGGCGGAUGCACAGGAAUCAGUGGCCUGAAAUGUUGAAGCUGAAGGAUUGGCCUCCUUCAAAUUACUUUGAAGAGCGUCUACCCCGACAUGGUGCUGAAUUUAUUAGUGCUUUACCUUUCCAGGAGUACACCCAUCCUAAAUGUGGCAUUCUUAAUCUUGCCACAAAACUUCCUAGUGACUUCCUGAAACCUGAUCUGGGACCGAAAACAUAUAUAGCUUAUGGUACCCAGUAUGAACUUGGUAGAGGGGACUCAGUUACUAAGUUACACUGUGACAUUUCUGAUGCGGUGAAUGUAUUGACACAUAUUGCUGACGUCAAGUUCUCAAAAGAGCAAGUUCUCAAAAUAGAGAAAUUACAAAAGAAAUACAGAGAAAUGGAUUUAAAUGAACUACAUGGAAAUUCAAAGGGAGUAGACAAAUCUGCUCAUGUGAAAAAGAGAGGAAAGCUAGGUAAUAUUGAAUUGGCGGAUGACGAAAAUGGGCCCAAGAUGACUGGAGAGUUCAACUGUGAACUUCAAGAACAGGAUCUGAAAAUGAAUGAAAAUAAACCAGAUAUUUCAGGAAAUCCCGAAAAUUGUGAUGUUAAGUGGAGAGAAGCUGAAACGAAGCCCUCAAGUGAAUUCAAGAUUUCUGAUAAAGAUGAUAAUUCUCUCAAUUAUGGAGGUGCUCUUUGGGAUAUUUUUCGUAGAGAUGAUGUACCCAAAUUAGAGGCUUAUCUCAAAAAGCAUUCAAAGGAAUUCAGACACAUUCUGGCUGCUCCUGUCCAGUCUGUCACUCAUACCAUUCACGAUCAGACACUUUACUUGGAUGAAGAGCAUAAAAGGAAAUUGAAGGAAGAAUUUCAGGUAGAGCCAUGGACGUUUGAACAACAGCUUGGGGAGGCAGUAUUUAUUCCAGCUGGAUGCCCCCAUCAAGUUCGAAAUCUAAAGUCCUGUAUAAAAGUUGCUCUUGAUUUUGUCUCUCCUGAAAAUGUGCAUGAAUGCAUUCGAUUGACUGAAGAGUUUCGGUUGCUUCCAAAAAGCCACAGGGCCAAGGAAGACAAGUUAGAGGUUAAAAAGAUGAUUCUCCAUGCAGUAAACUCUUCUGUGACAGACCUCAACGAUUUGAUGAGGGAAAUGAAAGAUGAUGAAUUAGAGGCAACACCCUUUGUUUCAGAAAAUACAGAUAUACCUUUUUCAAAAACUGAGAGGUUAACAGCUUCUAUUUCAGAGAAUGAACAUGGAAAUGUUGAAUCAACUCCUGAUGUUUCUGAAAAUGAAUUUGGGACAAAAAUUGAGCAGUUAAUCCCUCCUAUUUCAGAAAAUGAAUAUGAGAAUGUAAACGAGUCAAGUUCACCUGUCUCUGAAAAUGAAUAUGACAACUUCUAUUUCAGAGAAUGAACAUGGAAAUGUUGAAUCAACUCCUCAAGUUUCUGAAAAUGAAUUUGGGACAAAAAUUGAGCAGUUAAUCCCUCCUAUUUCAGAAAAUGAAUAUGAGAAUGCAAAUGAGUCAAGUUCACCUGUCUCUGAAAAUCAAUAUGACAACUUGUUCAGAAAAUGAUAAUGUGGAGUGAACCCAUGCUAUUGAAGAAAAUGGAAAUCAAUAUGUGGAGAAAUGCUUUUUGGAAUGGAAUCAAAAUGACAAAGUGGAGUUGUGUUCUGCGAAGUCAAAAUCAAGAAAUGUCAGUGGAGUUGACUUCUGUUUUGGGAAGUCAAAAUCAAGAAAAUGUCUUUGGAAUGGAAUCAAAAUGAUAUAGUGGAGUUGACCUUUGUUCUGCGAAGUCAAAAUAAAGAAAUGUUAGUGGAGUUUACCUCUGUUUUGAGAAGUCGAAAUCAAGAAAAUGGAAAUCAAUAUGUGGAAACAAUGGCUUUUGGAAUGGAAUCAAAAUGACAAAAUGCAGUUGACCUCUAUUCUGGGAAGUGUAAAAUCAAGAAAUGUUUUACAGCUGGGGCUGUCCCUAUUGCUACUGUUUUAUUUGUAUCUCUGUAUUUUUUUAAUUCUCUUAUUAUAAUAAAAAAAAGAAAUGUUAUUUAGUUGUA